AUGUCUUAUCAAACCUCUAGGAAGUGCAUGAGUGACACUGCAAUAGAGAAGUGCAUUGCCUUCCUUUUGUCUCUUAUAAAACAACUUCAGCAAAGGUUACCUGACACUAUAUCAAUGUUGAAAACCAUGACAUCACUAAGUGUUGACCAUUGUCUCAACCCAAUUAAUUUAAAAGAUAUAAUAAACCUUGCAAAAAUGUUUUUUGCUGAUGAUGCAGUAUUAACUCACAUUGACUUUCAAUGGAGGAAAAUCCAUACAAUCCACUGGAAAGAAACUUCCAGCACGAUAAACCUGUGGAUGGAGGUAGCUCAAUACCAAGAUGUUGCCAGAGAAAAUCCCUUUCAAGACUUGGUCAAUUUUGUUUUAAAAAUUCUUUUAUUACCUCACUCAAACGCACAAAUAGAACACUUAUUUAGUCAGAUGAAUAUUGUUAAGACCAAACUGUGGAAUAGAUUGAAUAUUAUUUCACUCAGUAGCAUAUUAACGACUAGAUAUGGUUUGAAAAGAUUAGGGAAAUGCAGCUAUGAUUAUGAAUUGCCAGCAAAUGUCAUUCGAAAAAUAGGCACUAUAAAAUCAUACCAACAUUUACAGUUUGAAGCAAAACCAUCUUUUGAACACAAUGAAGAAAUUGAAGAAGUAAUGGAAUUUAACGACAAAUGAACUUUUUGAAUAAAGUUAAAAAUAGAUUAAUUAAAAGUAUGUUUUUAUUGUUUGUUUAGCCAUUUUUUUAGCAAAUUGUGAAAAUUUUUUUAGCUAUUUUUAGAGUUUUUUUUUGUUUGCUUUUAGCUACUUUUAUUUUUUUCAGUUGGCAACCCUACUAGAAUUGCUGAGUUUUGCUCCAUAACUAUAUGACUUCAAAAUUUUGUCACUUUCAAAAUGAUUACUUUAUAAUAAACAAAAAUGAUUUUGAAGUAAACUGCUCACAUGCAUGUUCCUGCACCAUAAAAUCAACUGAUUCAGGCUGAACUUUUUUGUUUUUGUAUAGCAGACUAGUCUGGCAGAACUGAUCAUCCAAAGCUGUUACCUUCACCAACAAUCACCUAAAUAAUCGAGCUACAACUACAGGUAGACGUUAGGUGCCAUCUCUUAACUAAAUUAAUAAUGUAAGGAACCAAGUCCGAGCGUUAUUUUUAGUUACUUUUAUUUUGCUUUUAUUAUAUUUUUGUUUGGGGCUUAUGUUUAGUUAGGACGAAGGUUUCCUCACCCGUCACCUUAGAAAGUUAAAAAGAGAAGAUAAAACCAACUCACCGACGAAGAAAAGAAAGCGCCAUAGCUAACACUCGCACUCACGUGCACGCCCGAG